GCCGUCCCGCGGGGCCGCGCCUGCAAGAUGGCGGCGGGAGUGAGCCGCUGUGAGCCGUGAUCCCGCGGCCAUGCCGUCACAUUCCCCCAAGCACAGGAGCCGGGAGCGGGAGGCCCGCCGGCUGGAGUCGCUGCUGCAGAGCCGGGGACCAGGGCCGGCGUUGCUGUUGCUGCAGCGGGCGGGCGGCGAGGGGUCGGGGACGGGGACGGGGACCGGGCAGCCGCCGCCAUCGCCCAGGCACCGGGAGGCGGCGCCGGGUCUGCGCCGGGACUCGGCCUCUGAGGACGGCCGCAUGAAGCUCAACCCGUCGCUGCUCGGCAUCGCCCUGCGCUCGCUGCUCGCCGUCGACCUGUGGCUGUCCAAGCGCCUGGGCGUGUGCGCCACCGACGACUCUCCCUGGGGCAGCGCCAGGCCCAUCAUGAAGCUGAUCGAGGUGUCGGGCCACGGCAUCCCCUGGCUGGCCGGCACCGUCUACUGCCUCGUCAAAAGCGACAGCCCCGCCGGCCAGGAGGUGCUGCUCAACCUGCUGCUCGCGUUAAUCUUAGACCUGGUCCUGGUUGGCGUUGUCAAGUCGUUGGUCCGCAGGCGUCGCCCCACACACAACAGGAUGGACAUGUUUGCUACGUUUUCUGUGGACAGAUACUCCUUCCCAUCGGGACACGCAACCAGAGCAGCAAUGGGUGGCCGAUUCUUCCUCAAUCACUUGGUCUUAGCUGUUCCGCUCCGCAUUUUGGUUGUGCUGUGGGUGUGUAUUGUGGGACUCUCGAGGGUGAUGCUAGGAAGGCACAAUGUGACAGAUGUGCUUUGUGGAUUUAUCAUGGGCUAUCUACAGUUUAGCCUGGUGGAAUAUAUGUGGUUGUCAUCUAAUAACCUGCAGACCUUCCUGAGAUUAUGCGGACUCAAAUAAAUAAACUGUAGUGCAAAAUUGUUUUAUUUUUAAUAUAGCCAACUUGCAAAGGUACUGCUUACCCAAUAUGAUGUGCAGUGAGGUGUGGUUACUUAAAUUGCAGACUUGGUGACCUUUUAUUUAGGAAAACGUCAUACUUUUGUCAACCUUGAUUACUGUACCAAAUUGGCUAAACAAUUUCUGUUGAGAUUAUGAUUUUAAUUUUCACUUUUCUUAUACUCUUUGGCUAUGAGAACACAGGUUAAAGUUAAUGUUUCUAACCUUCAUCCAAAGGCUGAUUUAUCACCAUGUUAUUCAUGAUUUUGGUCAGAUACCCUUUCCAAGCUUUUGCUCAGAAUUAAUAUUCCUAAUUAAUAAUAUUACUUCCAGAUCAGUGUUCUGGAUUACUUCCAGACUAACGUUCCAGAUUAUAAAUGUAAAGUAGUGAUACAUGCCAUUUUCUCAGAUUUCCAUUCCCCCUGGACAACAUGAGUGAUCUGUGUUGAAUUAGUCUCAAUCCCAUUGCAUGAACCUCUGUCCACCUAUUUCAUCUAAAUUUUAGCCAGAUCCCAGACGCAAAAGCAUGGUACGUGGUUUUCUCUGAUUUUUGUACUUUUGUUUAGUGCUGACCAGAUACCCAUGUCAAACAUAAUUGGCAGAUUUGUUUUCUCCCCCACGUUCAGAAGUAACAGAAAGGUAAAAGCCAAUAGCAUGCAAACCCUUAACUACCUUUCUCAAUUAAAUCUUUUUCCAUUGGUACCUGCAAUUCCUUUUUGGAUGAAGUGUGUGAAAAAUAUUGUGUUUUCAAUUAACAUUUAACAAAAUGGAAACAAUUCUGUUGUGAUGGAGUCCAUCGGAGAUCUGAACCAACUUUAAGGCUUUUCCUUAGGACAUUGUAGCUGUCUUGAUCAUAAUGUUACUGUGCGGAUAUUUUUAUCUGGUGCCCUCUGUAUGUAUCUUCUGAAUGGCAACCCAAAAAGGUAAAAUAUCUCCCCAUCUGAUGUUCACGCUAUUGCUUGUAUUACUUGUUUUCUUUUCAGAUAAGUUACAUCCUUCUUGGUUACCUUUUAAACUAUUCCUGUUUCGCUAGGUCCCUUGUGAACUCUAAUUCCUCUUAACUUCCACUGAGUUCUGCCCUGUUUAUGUGCCAUGCAAAUGCAUGGUUAAGCCAUAUCUUUGCAGUUUCUCUGCCAACUCUAUGUCAUCCUUUGGCUCCAUCUUUUUGUUCUGAGAAUCUUGUUGAAAGUUAGACUAGAUGAACUACUGUUCCAGGUAUCUAUGUGUGUAUUUCCCACUCCCUUUGUCCCAUUCACACCCUGCCCCUCUCUUGCACAUGUGUUCAUUUUAGCCUGUCGUCCCACUUAUGAGGAGAUGCUGCUGCAAAUUUUAAAAUAUUUGAACCGAUUCCUAAGAAAAUAGAUUUCAUUCACAACACAAUCUCAGUAAAUUCUCACCUAAAUGGACCACCAACUUUGAAAGUGGACACAAAAUGCUGGAGAAAACUCAGCGGGACAGGCAGCAUCUCUGGAUAGAAGGAAUGGGUGAUAUUUCGGUUCGAGACCACCUUUGAAAUCCAAGCAAUUACUACUAUGAUUCGCAGAGAUUUCCUUAUCUGAUUAAUAGUUGUUGUAGUCAUUAGUUACUAACUCAAUCACUGCGGAAACUCUAAUGCAACUGGUCAAAGAUGAAAUUUUAGGGCCUUGCAGACACAAGGAACCUAAGAUGCUGCUUUAUCAAAAAAGACACAACAUGCUGGAGUAACUCGGCGGGACAGGCAGCAUCUCUAGAGAAUAUGAAUAGUUGACAGUGGGUCUGAUGAAGGAUCCCGACUCGACAUGUCACCUAUCCAUGUUCUCGAGUGAUACCCCUUGCCCCGCUGAGUUACUCUGGCAUUUUUUGUUGCAGAUGGGCCUAGUUUUUUGCUGGUUUCAGGGAAAUGCCACAAUGUCUCAGACUCACUUUUUCCGCUCGAGGUAAGCUUACUGCCCAGAGAAUAAUCAUGGGGCUGUUUUUCCACCCAUUUAUUGGAAAAUCGCCAAUGGUAAUUUUAUAAAAUCACUUCCAUUUCCUGUUUUGGUCUUGUUUCUUCCAACAGUUUUUUUGUCCCUGCAUCCAUAUGCCUGUUUGUUUUAUUGCUUUUCUUCUUCAUCCAAUGAAGGAAACAAGCCUCUGUCUAGUGCCUUUAUCCUUGGCAGCUACUGGCAUAUGUUAUGAAUGGGGAAAUACUGAAAUUGGCCAAUAUUCCCAUCAUUGUAAGAAAUCAUUUAAAAUGUCUGCUCCAAAACUUCCUCUGACCAGUGGUUUCAAAACAUGAGGCACACAUGCUGUUGCAAAUAUUUAUCUCCUUAAACAUUAUUUAGAUAUAACUAAAGUGCAAAAUCUAUUUGUCCUUGUAGAAACCUUUUAAUUAAUUGGCAUAUAGAGCAUUUCCAACACUUAGGGCAGCCCAGUGGCGCAGAGGUAGAGCUGCUGCCUCACAGCUGCAGAGAAUCAGGUUCAUCCUGACCUCAGGUGCUGACUGUGUGACGUAUGUGCAUUCUCCCCGUGGCCGCGGGGGUCUCCUCCAGGUGCUUUGGUUUCCUCCCACAUUCUAAAGACGCGCAGGCUUGUAGGUUAAUUGACCUCUGUGAAUUAUGUCAGAUGGUGUAACAUAGAACUAUUGGAUGGGUGAUUGGUCGGUGUGGGCUCGGCAGGCCGAAAGACCUGUUUCCGCACUGUAUUCUUAAUAUAAACUUAGUGAUCGGCUACAACAAUCCAGAACCCCUAUUCUCCACGUAGGCAGAAAUUCAAGAUCCAGCUCCGUCCUGUUAGCAUACAUAUUUUUUAUAAAGUUAGUUUAGCUGUGACCAUACAGAUCUAGUAUUUGUACAGUUGCUGUUUGUUCAUUCUCCACUGAAAAAAACAUUUUGUAUUUUGAGCCGGUUUUAUUAUCUAGAAGUUACACCUAUUGUGCAUGCAGGCACAGUUAGCAUAGAAAUCCCAUAGCUCUUGUACGUCAGUUAGAUGAGACAGCAGGCAAGCUGAUCUUUCCCCUUCAAAUCACCAGCACAGCUUGCUGUGAUCAGAGACAUCAGUUUAUACUUUUGAGGGGUUUACAAUUUCCCACAUUAUACUGUGGAUGUGCCAUGUAGCCUUGAGAGAUAUCGAGGAAGAUUCUGAAUUAGCACAACAGUAAGUGUUAUAAAGGAGUUAACUUCUUUUUAACAAUAUGCCAAUAUAAAUCUGUUCUGCUAUAAAGCAUUUUAUACCCAUAUUUAACUAAAAAUAUGGACGAUACCAGCUGUGUACGGAUAGAUUCAGUGCAAGCUACUGUAAUUUUGUUGCAUCUUACUAGUUUUGUACUCAGCUGAAACACACCCAUGAUUUAAUCAUGUUUCAGCCCAGCUUAUGAAUCUUUUACAAUGUUUUUAUUUACAGGCAAAUAAAUAAACAAAAUGCGUUUGCACCUUUUUUUAAUUAUGAUCUUCAGUAUGGCAGCUAAAAUGAUCGAGUAACCAUUUGAAUUCUAUGAUUUGUGAAAUGGACAGUUGAGAAAAGGCGGUUCUGUUAUGUAUCUCGAAUAAAUCUUUGAUUUUCCAUAACAUAAAAUGACAAUGUUAUGAAUGUAGUAUUUGUGGAGUGUAAUUAUACUUAAAUGUGUCUGUGCUGAAAUAUAACCAUAUAACUGUAAAGUAUAUUUGUGCUGUAUAAUGUAGGAAUAUGGAUGAAAGUGUGUUAUGUUGGAUCAAUUAAUUACCACAAUAAAUGUGUAUAUUAAGAAACGAGCAUUCACUGAAAGGUUAUACCUGUGUUGUAAUCCAAGCUCGUUAACGUUUACUAAACAUGCUUCCUUUCUAUUGCUAAUGCAAAUCUCAGGAUUAGAUUUCCAUUAAAGAGCAAACCCUCCGAAGCAAGUUAACAUCAGAGUUGUUAUUCAGCAAUUCUCUUGCUGGCUGUUUGGCUCGAAAGGUUUUAUUUUGCUGCUUCUCCAGAAACAAUACUCAGCAGUUGGAAAUGCAGCAGUUCUUUAUGGAAUUCUUGCUGAGCCUGACAUGUUUACUUGGUGCCUGUAGAGAUAGAUUUGACCACAUUACAAUUUGGUCAAACUCCAAAUAUCUUUGAUGAGUAACAAGCUCUUGAAUACUGGCACAGCACGAUGGCGCAGCGGUAGAGUUGCUGCCUUGCAGCACCAGAGAUCCAGGUUUGAUCCUGACUACAGGUUGCACGUUAUCUCUGACCACGUGGGUUUUCUCCAGGUGUUCCCAUUUCCUCCCACACACCAAAGAUGUACAGGUUUGUAGGUUAAUUGGCUUCUGUAAAUUAUUCCCAGUCUGUAGGUUAAAAGUAGUGUGCUGGUUGGCAUGGACUCACUGGGCCGAAGGGCCUGUAUCUCUAAUCUAAACUAAAUAGUAUAGACUCUUGGACUUGACAAUCACGUUUCUCACAAUGCUGGAAGUACUUCAAAUGGAACUAACAAAAUGUAAAGAAAUAUCAGUGUAGAAUGCUGUGGUAACUGCAUUGUUCAGAAAUGAAACUUUUUAGUAAUAGAAUUAAAUAUCUGACCUCACUAGCUGAGGAAGGAUCCUGUUUCGAAAUAUCUUCUGUCCCUUCCCUUCCCAGAUGCUGCCUGACUUGAUACGUGCCUCUGGUACUUUGCAUUUUAUGCAAGAUUCCAGCAUCUACAGUUUCUUGUGCCUCGCUUUAUGUAAAUUUUCGUUCAAUUUUUCAGUCGGCUUUUGAUUCUACUCCUGUUUUCUUUCCAUUCUCUUACCCACGAUCAUUUUGUUGAAAGUGGGAACCGUAUUAAAUGGGAUUUUGAUGGUUCAAAAAGCAGCUUCAUGAAGUAGUUUCGCAACACAGCAUUGUUUCGGAUCAUUCCUAACGGGUGCUUGUACUCCACGUGAUAUGCUUUGUGAAAUUACAGGCAGGUUUUUAGGCAUGGUGCAAUUGAAGGUCAAUUAAGUGAAUAUCUUUUAUGGACUGUUCCCUGAUUUAUAAUAUUAACCAAGAUCGUAUCUGAAGAGGAAUUUCUCUAAAAAAUCCAAAAUGGCAGGCACGGUCGUGCAGCAGUAGAGUUGCUGCUUUCCAGCACCAGGGACCCAGGUACGAUCCUGACUAUGGGUGCCGUCUGUAUGGAGUUUGUAUGUUCUCCCCGUGACGGGCAAAGGUUUUUUUCGGGGUCUCCGGUUUCCUCCCGCAUGUAAAAAUUGUCCCUCAUGUGUAGGGUGGUGUUAAUGUGAAGGAAUCACUGAUGGGUGCGAACUCGGUGGGCCUAAGGACCUGUUUCUGCCCUGUAUCUCCAAACGAAACUAAAUGAAAAAUGUGAUGCACUGGUGGGGAAUUUAACUUUAUUAUGCAAUAGCAAAAGUGCCAUCCAUCUGCAAAUCUUUUCUAGAACUGUUCUAAAUUUGGGAAGUAUUUUUUUUUUAAUCGACUAACUAGUGAUCUAUCAAAUAAGUGUCUGCAGAAUGAUGGUUCUGAUUGAUGGCCAUGUCUUGACAAUUCAGGAUACAAAUCAUUUUCUUCAGUAGAUAUAUUCAGAACGAUAUUGAAAUGCACAAUAGAAAUUGAUCAAAAUAAAGAUUUUUUAAAUAUUUGUUGUGAUUUUUCUUCCCGUUCUUGCCAGUUAAAAAUUAUUCCUAAUUUUUGAUAUGCCUCUAUUUAUCUUCCAAAAUAAUUGCAUUCUACGUUAUGGAAACCUGCUGUGUGUUUUUGUUUAAUUUUUGGAUGUAGUUGCAACCGUGUAAAUGUAUUUAAAUAUGAUUCCAAAAUUAUUUUCUUCAAUAAAAAAAUAA